GUGGUUUACGACAUCCGCAGAAGCCUCAAGGCGUCAGAAUACUUGAUGGAGUGGUCGAGCAGCCUCGAGUUACCUCUGCGCGCAGCUCGAUCAGCAUUUGAGGCGCUCGGCCUGGGGGAUCGCCUGUCAGUGCCUGUGACGACUAUGGUGCUCCCGGGUGGAGAAACUCCCCUGGGAGCCGCGAAGAGUGGAGACACUCCCUCUAGCUCCUCUGAGAUCGUGACGCAUGGGUCCUCAGUUCGCUCCGAAGGCACAGUAGGAGGCAGCGGGAACCUAGCCACAGUCGAUGAGACGCUCCCGGAGAUCCGGGAGUGGCUUGGCGAAGAGGGAUCGCUUGGAUCCUUCCGGGAGUCUGCGAAGAACCCGGAGAGCCCGCUGGCAUUUUCGAUCUCGAAAGGUCUAGCAGCAUGCCUUCGCCAUAAUCACAAGCCGCGCAUUCAUGUCAACGAAGCGGGAUGGGCAAGACUGUCCGAGGUACUUUUUUGGCCUCGUAUUGCUGAAACCUCCGCCUCAGCUGGGGACAUACUGGAGGUGGUUCGCAGCAAUCAAAAACAAAGAUACCAACUGGGAUUUCAAGUUGAUGGCCCUUACUUCAUUCGGGCAGUACAAGGCCACUCAAGAACAGAGGUCGGCGAAGAGAAUCUGUUGGAACCAGUGUCGGAGGAGCAGCUCCCCGACACACUGCUGCAUGGUACCUCCUGGAAUGCUUAUGAAAGCAUCCAGCAAAGGGG